AAAGAAAUGUUUGUCUGAAAAAAAACUGUAAAAUAGUUGCGAAAAAAGUAUUGUUUGAGCGAAACAUACGAUACAAUCGAUAGACUGCUUGUCUUCGUUAGGCAUUCAACGCGUUGUUGUGGUUUUGGCCCUCAUUUUGCACACAAACUGAUCCCGAAAGUGAUCUCAAGAAUUAGAGACAAUGGCCGACAAGACUGGGAACCAGAGUUGGAAUCCUUUAAACUAUUCGCAAAACUUAUGUGUGAUGUCCAACACUGCGGUCAACACAACCAUCGGAUCCAACACUUCGUCUUCAGAGCCAUUACACGACUCUUUCUCAUCGCUUGACAUCCAAAACAACUCAAACGAUGGCAUCAGUCGAUUGGUUAAGGAUUUGAUGGCCAAUAAUGACAACGAUUUACGGUUUGAUUGUUUCCCAAAUAUGCAAACAAUGAACGCAAGAGAAAGUAACCAUUCAUUCAUUGGCGACAAUCUGAGCAACAAAUCGAUGGACAAUGUGUUGAAUUGCGGCGACUUUGGUCUCAACGCCAACUCUGGCUCUCUAUCGACCGCUUCGGCACUAAUGGCGGCCAAUACUAAUCAAUCGCUUCCAUUCAAAGCCAAUGUUAUGUCCAUUCCUUCUUCCAGUUAUACAGAUAUGAAACCAUUUGGACAAUCGAUGCGUCCAAUGAAUCCAUCUCUUCAACAGAUGUCCAAUUCAUUGAAUAGAUCGACGAAUAUGUCAUCGGAUCUGUUGAACAAUGCGUUGAUUGAUCCGUCAUUCCAUAAGAUGUCAAAGACAUUGACCAAACCGAUGACCAAUCAAAUGAAUCCUUCGUUUUCAAUGAAUCAAAUGAACUCAAAUCAAUCGGUUAUGCAAUCAAUGCUGGGAACCAAACCACAGCCGUUGCCUUAUAGUCAAAACCAUACGUACCAACAGUUGGCGUCACUAAUGGAUCAGUCGGUCCAAGAAGUGAAUUACGCGGCCAACCGUCAGAUGAGAUCAAUUCGGUCGAGAAAUGCGGUCAACAAUUGUGUGGAACCGACGGCUAAAUUGAAUUAUUAUUUGGACAAAACUUACGAUCAAUUCAGACAUUUGGAAAAAGAGCGCAAAAAGAUUGAGUGCGAAUUGAUUCAGGCGUUUGUGGGUAAGAAGAUCUCGAGUGCCAACAACUUUCCGAUUCAACGUUUGCCGCAAAACGCGUCCAAAAUCGACCGAAUAAUAGUGGAUAUGACUCGAGAACACGCGAAAGUAGUGACUAUUGUGGCCAAAAUGGAACAGUUGAAGGACAGGGAGUUGAGCGAAGACAUCCACAAUUGGGUCCAGAAAUGGGUGGACAUUAUUCGUGUCCUACAAAUGAAACGAAAGGUUGAAAUGCAGAGAAGCUCGACGACAGGUAUGGCCGCAGACGACACGUGUGUCGACGAGAUCUGCGAUGCGCUCAAGAAUUUGUGGACAACGAUCCGCGCCGUUCGGACCGCCUUAUGGUGCUCUUCAGUGCUCACUCUAUACGACACUACUUUCUCUUCAAAUUAAUGCCCAUUCAAUGCAUUAUUAUAUACUAUUAUUAAUCAAAGUUUUGCCGCAUUUAAACCACAAC